AUGGCCGACAAUGUGCCUGCCGCCGCUGCAAGUAGUGUGAAGUGUAGUGACGGUGGUCGGCCUCUCGACAGUGCGCUCAAAUCCGCGAGGAAAAUGUUCAACCCAAACAGCAACGUACCGGGGGGCAGCGGUAGUGCCACCGGAGGAGCCCCGGGAGGCCCCAAUACCACCGCGACCGGACCCAUCGACCGUCUGCGGUUCCUGUAUCCGAACGUCAAUGAAGCCGUCGAUCCGCUGCCACGCUCCUGGAGCCUGCAGGACAAAUGCAGCACCAUCGGAUUAACGCAAAACAAUCUACGUGUUCACUACAAAGGAAUUGGAAAAUCACACACAGAUGCGGCCUCAGUGCGUACGGCAUAUCCGAUUCCGGCCGCCUGCGGACUCUACUAUUUCGAGGUGAAAAUAAUCUCAAAAGGCCGCGACGGAUACAUGGGCAUUGGGCUGACCCAUACCAAUUUCAAGAUGAACCGGCUGCCCGGCUGGGACAAACAGUCUUACGGCUACCAUGGCGAUGAUGGCAACUCAUUCUGCUCGUCCGGAAAUGGGCAACCGUACGGGCCCACCUUUACCACCGGUGAUAUUAUUGGUUGUGGUGUCAAUCUCGUUGACAAUACUUGUUUCUACACAAAGAAUGGCCACCAUCUGGGUAUCGCUUUUCGGGACCUGCCGCCCCGGUUAUACCCAACUGUAGGACUGCAAACACCCGGCGAAGUGGUGGAUGCCAACUUUGGCCAAGAAUCGUUCAAGUUCGACAUCGAAGAUAUGCUGAAGGAGCUGCGGGCUGCCACGAAAACCACAAUCUACAACUUUCCACUGCCGGACGACCAGGGCGAUUGGACGGUGAUCCUGCACAAAAUGGUUUCCUCCUAUCUGGUGCACCACGGGUACAGCUCUACGGCGGAAACGUUCGCUCGAACCACGGGUCAAGCAUUACAGGAAGACAUGACAUCGAUUAAAAAUCGACAAAGAAUUAUAAAACUAGUGCUAUCGGGCCGCAUGGGACAAGCAAUCGAACAAACUAUUCGUCUCUAUCCCGGAUUGCUAGAGUCGAAUCAAAACUUGCUUUUUAUGCUGAAGUGCCGGCAGUUUAUCGAGAUGGUGAAUGGAUCUGACUUUGACUUAGGUACACCUUCAUCGCGUACUAGCCCAGUGCAAACAUCGGUGAUACAAUCAACAAAAAGCUAUCAAAACGGUAACACCAUUAUUCCGGAUAACGGUGACAAUCAGGGAUACUUAAAAAAUAACGUCCUCAGUAAUAACACCAGUAACAAUAAUGGGAACUGCAUCGAAGACGAUUACUCCAACGAUGUGGAGAUGGAAAACGGUCACAGCAAUAAUAAUGCCACAAACGGUUACAAAAAUGGAACCACCAACAGAGCAAAUACAAACGAAUCGGUAGAGGAGGAAGUGGAAGAAGCGGAUACCACUCGAGACGAAGACAUGGAUGUGGAUUCAUCGCUAUCGCCAAACUGUAAAUCGACAAGCGUCACAGGAAAAUCUGGCGUCGAACGGAUGCUGGAAUUCGGCAGGGAACUAUUUCAAAUGAGCCAACGUCUCGAGAAGGAGCAAGGUGUUAAUGAAACUAAUCAAAAAAUGUUAGAGGACGCAUUUAGUUUAUUAGCAUAUUCGAAUCCUUGGGCAAGUCCGCUCGGUUGGCAAUUAUGUCCAUCGCGUCGGGAAGCUGUGUGUGCUGCUCUAAACUCUGCCAUAUUAGAAUCAAUGAAUUAUUCGUGGCGACCACCACUGGAGGUGUGCAUAGCGCAUGCCUGCGAGCUGCUGCGUCUCAUGUCGAGCUCAUCCCUGGGUGCAUGCGCGUUCGUCAGCGUCGACGAUAUCCUUGCACAGCAUCAGCAACAUUGACUACGUUUUGUUUUGCAGCUAGCGCCUUAUUUCAAUUUCUAAUGUGAACAUCAUCGCAUAAACUUCCUCUUUUCACGAUCCUCCGAGAUACACAACCCAUGCAUGCAUUCGUCUCUGUCCAUCGAUGCGAUAGAUCUCUAUCAACCCUUGGUGAAUGGAAAGCAACAGCUUAUGCACGAAGGCUAGGAAACGAUCGAAUAGCAGGUCACAAACAAAAUAUCAUCGUUUUAGAACAACAACAAAAACACAUCUUCAUUGUGCGAAAAGCGACGAACUAUUACUAUUUUGUUGUGAUUGGCUUUACACGAUGUCUCGUUUACUGAAUUUUAUUUUCCUAUAAUCCCGCGAGGUCUAUACAUCACAUUAUUAUCCUUCGUGCAGUUCACCAAUUCGUUUCACGAACCCCUGCUCUACUGCACUGCGUACUAUAUGCGGACGAUUCGAACGAUUAGUCCUCAGAUUUGUAGAAUAGUUCGUUUAGAUUACCUUGUGAAAUCGGCCAAAUUAGCACACAAAAACUUGUUUAGCAAACCCGUCAGUCAUAGACGUACACACACUCACACACAUUAUAAGCAAAGUAAGUCCCAUGAGAUCUUCUUUCGGAGUGGCUAGUACAACCAAUCAGAGGUAAUGCAAUGGGUGAAGAUUGAACUUUGCAAGUUCUCCUUAAGCGAGUGUGUUUGAGUUGGAAAUUAUUUGGCUUAACGGCACUACGUUACGUUUUGCGUAAAC